AUGUUUCAACAACCCUCCCCCCAGUCUACCACGGAUACACUCGGUGAUCCGUCAACGACCUUGUGGACUGUCCGGGCCUUGUUGGCGGCGGGGAUAGUGUACACGGCGACCGAGUAUGUGGCGGACAUUACUCUGUGCGAAGGACCGAGCAUGUCGCCGACCAUUCGUCCCUCGGGCGAUAUCAUUCUAUUGGACAAGUGGAGUCCGCGACGUUACGGACUGCAAUACGGUAGCGACGGAGGUCAACGUGCUCAACGAGCCCGACAAGCCCAAGACGCCUUUCUCCGAAAACAAACGGUGGACCGGGACGAUGCGGACCACGUUUGGCACGAACCUCGUAUUCCCGUGAGUGAUCUGAUCGGCAAGGCCAGUUGGCGGGAAGUGUGGAGACAGGUCACUUCGCCGCUUCAAGUGGGUGACGUGGUCGUGGUGCACCAUCCGUCCCGUAAGGGCACCGUCUGCAAGCGCGUGCUGGGCUUGCCCGGCGAUCAAGUCUUGCCGGAACGCGUUCUGGGAAGUGGCGUCCGCGGUAGAUUGGUGGUAGUCCCUGACGGACACCUUUGGCUGGAAGGAGACAAUCCGGCUAAUUCGGCCGAUUCCCGUUCCUACGGCCCCGUCCCCGCGGCACUUACUCGUGGGACGGGUGCUCUUUCGGGUGUGGCCCCUGCGUAG